AUGGCAGCAUGUGAAAGCCUUCAGCACAUCUUCGAGACGCCAUCACCCGACAGCCCGAAGGAUCUCCUACAAUCUUUUUCAACCUGGAAACAUCUCCCUCCUCUUGAAGUUUCUUCUUUAACAGAAGUCUUUGGAGAACUGCAUUUCGAGGAAAAUAAAGAGCCUGUCUCACCUUCCCUUCCCCACUCAGCUCUCUCGUCGCCCUUUUCAAUAGAUUCUAAUCCGCGCUCAGAAGAAAAGAAUGAGGGAAACUAUACACCACCAACAAGAAAACACUAUAAAAACAGUGAUAGCUUCUCUUCUAUGAAUUCAGAGAGUUUGUCUAUAUGCACAGAAGGUCUUGGUUUCGAAAGCUGUGAUAAUACCGAAGAUUUUGUUGACAACAGUGGCUGUAAGCAUAGGAAGGCUAGAAGCAGUAUUACAAGACACUUUUCGAACGAGUACCUAUCAGGUAAGAGAUCAAGGAUAACUGGAGGAGAAUUCCCUCCACCAAUUUCUUGCAUAGGGAGAACUGGAAAGCCCUGGGUGUGCUUCAAGUCUUACAGGCAAAAUGGAAGAUUCGUUCUCAAGGAGGUGAAAACUCCUAUUCAGGAGUUUUUGCAUGCAUGCAGACAAGACGGGCGCUUAAAGUUACGACUUAUCCAGUCAGAUGAUGAAAUCACAGAGGAAGAGGAAGAGGAUGUAAGUGAAGGAGAGUGUCAAGAUGAAGAUGAAAAUUCUCGAAUCCAUAAUUUUGGUGAGGGUGAAGUUAGUAAGGGCGAAAAAAUCGUCGAAGAUGAAGGUAGUGUUGAGGUCUGA